GUUUUGUUAAAGUGACAUUGGUGAAUAAAUAUGGUGAGUAAAUCCUUUGUUGUUGUUUUCGUUUGAAAUUAUGGAACCAUCCAGUAGUACAUCAGUGUCGGUUGCUGCACCUAAUAAAACAGCUGCAGAAAAACACGCUGAACGCAUGGAAAGGCUACGUAAGCUUCACAUGCAGCGAAAUGAAGCACGUAAUUCCAACCAUCAAGAAGUCGUAGCAGAGGACGAACGCAAAAAACUGCCUACCAACUGGGAAGCUCGUAAACGGCAAGCAGAUUGGCUAAUCGAGGACAGCAAAGCGAAGGCGGAUGCUGAAGCUAAAGGACUUGAUUACAACCGUGUUAAGUUGAUGAAAGUCUCGGCCGCGGAAGCUGAUCGAUUUGAUAAGUUAAAAGCAAAGAAAAAGAAUGCCGACCCAGGAUUUUCAGAUUACGAAGCUCAAACGGCCCGACAGUAUAAUCGAUUGAUUAAAACUAUGGAACCAAGAGAUUUAGUUAGGUACGAAGAACAAAAACAAAAGUAUGGUGACGCAUUCUACGGGGGACCAAACGUGGUUUUACAAGGCUUACACAAAGACUCGCCAAACGCGGUCGAUAAGAUGGUAAAAGAUUUGGAACAGCAGAUCGAUAAAAGGAAGAAGUUCUCUCGUAGGAGAACUCACAACGAUGAUGCCGAUAUCGAUUAUAUCAACGAGAAGAACGCACGAUUUAACAAGAAGCUCGAACGAUUUUAUGGAGAACAUACGGCGGAAAUUAAGCAAAAUUUGGAACGUGGUACCGCGAUUUAAAAAUUACUUCGAAUCAUCUUUUAUAUUCCUGUCAUUAGGUUUUCAUGCUUUUUAAUAUAAUGUAAAAAAUAUGUAUGUAUCUGAAAAAUAAAUCGUAUACCCAUAGAAAUAUUA